AUGGAAAUAUUUCCGCUGGAAAGCUCCAUGAGGGAGGAGGAGGAAGAGACUGAGAGGGUGAAGAGACUCCAAGACAGUAUUUUUUGUUCAGAAGAUAACAGCCUUUAUUUUACGUACAAGGGGGAAUCAAAUGUUCUAGAAGUCAGAGACCUCAACUACCAGGUUAAUGUGGCCUCACAGAUUCCUUGGUACGAAAAAUUAGCGGAACUCCAAAUGCCUUGGACCCGUGGCAUGGCUGCUGAAUCCCACAUGGUAGCCAUACGAAACCUGAAUUUUAAAGUCAGGAGUGGGCAAAUGCUGGCCCUCAUAGAGAGCUCUACUUGUGGAAAGACACCUUUGUUUGACCUGAUCACAUGCAGGGACCAUGCAGGCAAAAUUACAUCAGGUGAAAUCUUAAUCAAUGGAAAACCCAUCAAUCGUCCGCUGGUGAAGAAAUGCGCUGCCCACGUACGGGAAGACGACAGGCUGCUCCCCAACCUGACAGUCAGAGAAACGUUUUUGUUCAUCGCAAAACUGCGUCUCCCAGAGAGCUCAGAUUCACAAAGAGAAAAAAGGGUAGAAGAUGUUAUAGCAGAACUGAGGCUGCGGCAAUGUGCAAAUACCAGAGUAGGGAAUGCAUACAUCCGGGGUGUUUCUGGGGGAGAGAGGAGGAGAGUCAGCAUUGGAGUCCAGCUGUUGUGGAAUCCUGGAAUUUUGAUAUUCAAUGAUCCCACAGCUGGACUGGACAGCUUUACUGCCCAUAACCUAGUGAUAACACUCUCCAGACUAGCCAGAGGAAACAGAUUAGUCCUUCUCUCAGUUCACCAGCCACGAUCAGACAUCUUCCAGCUUUUCGAUUUGGUUCUCUUGAUGACAUCUGGAGUCACCGUCUAUUCAGGAGCUGCCCAAGACAUGGUCCAAUACUUCACAAAAAUAGGUUAUCCCUGCCCAACAUACAGCAACCCUGCUGAUUUCUAUGUUGAUUUGACCAGCAUCAAUAGGCAUACUGAAGAAAGAGAGAUAGAAUGUAAGCGGAGGAUCAGCCUCAUGGCUGCCAUGUUCCAUGAAAACAUCAGAUGUUUUGAUGACUUUUUAUGGAGAAGCAGCCAACGUAGCAACACGGCACCUGUUUCUACACCGAGUUCUGUACCCAUUUCGGAGGAGUCAAUUACUGUGAACUGCCAGCCAGUUGAUCAAUUGUCAGGAUGGUUCCAACAGUUCACUAUUUUACUAAGUCGCCAGAUCUCUAACGAUUUCCGAGAUCUCUCAGCAUUGCUAAUCCGGGGAUUUGAGGCCCUCCUUAUGUCUUUAUUAAUUGGAUUCCUUUAUUAUGGUCAUGGAAAAAACCAGCUGUCUAUUCAGGACUUAUCCGCACUUCUAUUUAUGAUAGGAGCUUUGAUUCCUUAUAUUGUGAUUCUUGACUGCGUAACAAAAUGUCAUUCUGAAAGACCAGUGUUUUAUCAGGAGUUUGAAGAUGGAUUAUACCCUGUUAGCUCCUUCGUCUCUGCCAAGGUUUUAGGAGAUCUUCCUGAACAAUGUUUCACUGUCAUAGUUUAUGGGAUUCCCAUCUACUGGCUGGCAAAUCUCAGCCCUGAUCCUGAACGUUUCUUACUUAAUUUGCUGCUUCUUAUGUUUGUGACUUACUGUGCCCGAAUCAUGGCAAUGUGGAUAUCUGCACUGCUCCCAACAUUGCAAAUAUCAGCUUUUUUUGGUAAUAUGUUGUACACAACAUUCUUUCUGAGUGGAGGCUUCUUGAUAAGCCUGGAAAACCUGUGGACAGUUCCAUCAUGGAUUUCAAAAGUAUCUUUUGUCAGAUGGAGUUUUGAAGGAUUAAUGAAAAUUCAAUUUAUGGGAAUCACUUACCCUAUGACUUCUGGGAAUGUCACCUAUCCAGUACCUGGAAAUCUUGUGCUCAAAACAAUGGGUUUAGACUCCUGUCCCCUUUAUGCCACUUACCUUAUCUUGGUUGGUAUGACCACAGGCUUCUUGGUUUUAUACUACAUAUCUCUGCGGUUCAUAAAGCAGAAAUCAAACCAAGACUGGUAAGAACAUGACAGAACAGACUAUGGUGAGAGAAUGUGUGUCCAUACUGAACACCAGAGCUAAGUUUCACUAUGAAAACAAGACUUCAACAUGUUUCAUAAACGCUGCUGACUUUUGUGAAACGGCAAAGCUAAAUUUUAUGCUGAUUACUCCCAAAAUGUGCAAUAAUUUAGAUAUGCCACCAGAUGGCAGCAA